CUGCCUGGAAGCCAGCAGGGGCCUCUGACCAGCAGACUCCAGGAAGUGCCCCCACCACCUGGGCAUGUGUACAGAGAGCCUUGCUAGCCUGAGGUGCAAAGAGCCAGAAGAGGUGGACGAGAUGUAUGAGUUUUGAUUAAAAGAGGUUUUAAUUAAACUCACCAGAUCAGGUAGGGUAGGUGUUAAGGCCGGAAGAGGUGACAGUUUUGAGUCCGAACUCUGGGAAUCCUGGGGGGCUGCUCUUUCAAGGUUUAACAUGCAUGUUCCACAGCCUAUGUCUGUAUUUAGCAUGGGAUAGUGUCUCUCCUCUGCCCCGUCCACAGCAAGGGACAAUCAUGAGGAAAUAUGACAUUAUUAAUAUUUAAUUUCCCCUCCCACCUAGCAACAGAUGACUCAAGGAUUAAUUAAAUAGGCAGAGCCAACCUAGAGGAAUAGGAAAUUGCCAGCUCCUGAUCCUGACCCCUACUCUCUCCCCAUCUCCCCGUGUCUCAGGGAGGCUUCUGAAGGGAGGGGAGCUGAGCUGAGGUCCCAGAAGUCCCCUGUGGCUGUGUUCCAUGGCACUCACCACCCUUUAAUGUUGGCAGUAAGAGUGAGAGGUCACUUCGCCUUUUGAGAACACAGAUAUCUGUCAUUUCCUGAGCUCCCAGGCAGGUUGUGUGGGCUCUUUAAAAGGGACCAGUGUAAGCAUCCCGCAUUCAGACAGGUGGCCUUCAAGAGAACAUAGGAUUUGGAGCUCAGUAUGUCACUCCCCAGUUCUGGUCAGUGAAGCUCUAAUCUGAAAUCGAACCUAGUGGGAGCGUUUACACCACAGGAAAAGGCUACAGCUCGGGGUGCCUCCAGCCAGCCUUGAGCUGCUUUGCCAGCCCCCAGCUGGGUAGUUCCCAAAGAUCUCCUCUGCCAGCACACAGUUCCCAGACUCCCCCUCCUGCCUGCCUUGCCCUGCCUCUGGCUCUAGUGACCUGCUGGGCUCAUGGUUCAGGAAGGCACAGCUGCCAGUGGAUUCUGGUUUAGUAGAUGCCCAGGUGGCCUGUGGAACUAGGGGAGCCUCACCCAAGAUGUGCUGGCAGCAGCCGGGAAUGUAGAGGGAAGGGUCAGAGGGGAAGUAGGCCAUGCAGGAAGGGCCGUACAAACUGCAGACCGAUGUAUGGCUCUAGCCCCAUGCAAGGCUGGCCUGGGCAGGAGGGUCAAGGGCAGUCCAUGAGACUCUGGACCACAAGAAUGUGACUUGGGUGUAGUUGGGAAGAGUAUCAGCAUCCAGUCCUCUUCAGCAUGGGGAUCUAACACAGAAGGUGGUAGGGAGAUCUUUAGAACUGGGGGUCCUCAGGUGAGUACCCAAGGCUGCCGGGAGAGUCUCACCAAACAAAGGCUCUGUCGGGCCCCUUCUCGGAGGCCCCUUCUAAGGCGAACAUCCUUGCUGGCAUGGAGUCAGUGCAUUCUGCGAGGCAGACAGGUGCUCUGAGAACCCUGAAGCCGCUGAGCCCAGCCAUGAUACGGCCACCGGAAACCCCGAAGGGGGCCUGGUUUCCGGAGACUCCUCUGUGAGAAAGCCUUUGGAGAAGCCCGCACAGGGUCGCUCCCGGCUCCUGUGAGGAAGGGGCUCGGGGAAGGCUGGGCUGCAGCUAUGGACCGUGAGCUGGCCCAGCCCUCGUCCCUGCUGAGCCUGCCCGUCUGCGGCUGCUCCCGCCAUGGGCUCCCUGGUGUACAUCACGGUGGAGCUGGUCAUCGCCGUGCUGGCCAUCCUGGGCAACGUGCUGGUGUGCUGGGCCGUGUGGAUCAACAGCAACCUGCAGAAUGUCACCAACUACUUUGUGGUGUCCCUGGCAGCGGCCGACAUCGCAGUGGGGGUGCUUGCCAUCCCUUUCGCCAUCACCAUCAGCACUGGGUUCUGUGCUGCCUGCCAUGGCUGCCUCUUCUUCGCCUGCUUUGUCCUGGUCCUCACACAGAGCUCCAUCUUCAGCCUCCUGGCCAUUGCCAUUGACCGCUACAUCGCCAUCCGCCUCCCCCUGCGGUACAACGGCUUGGUAACCUGCACAAGGGCCAAGGGCAUCAUUGCGAUCUGCUGGGUGCUGUCGUUUGCCAUCGGCCUGACGCCCAUGCUGGGCUGGAACAACUGCAGUCAGCCAAAGAAGGACAAGAACCACUCACAGAGCUGCGACGAAGGCCAGGUGACCUGUCUCUUUGAGGACGUGGUGCCCAUGAACUACAUGGUUUACUACAACUUCUUCGCUUUUGUGCUGGUGCCCUUGCUGCUCAUGUUGGGCAUCUACUUGCGGAUCUUCCUGGCAGCCCGCCGACAACUGAAGCAGAUGGAGAGCCAGCCUCUGCCAGGCGAGCGGACUCGGUCCACGCUGCAGAAGGAGGUCCAUGCCGCCAAGUCACUGGCCAUCAUUGUGGGGCUCUUCGCGCUCUGCUGGCUGCCCCUGCAUAUCAUCAACUGCUUCACCUUCUUCUGCCCCGGGUGUAGCCACGCCCCGCUCUGGCUUAUGUACCUGGCCAUCAUCCUGUCCCACAGCAAUUCCGUUGUGAACCCCUUCAUCUAUGCCUACCGCAUCCGUGAGUUCCGCCAGACCUUCCGCAAGAUCAUUCGCAGCCACAUCCUGAGGCGGAGGGAACUCUUCAAGGCAGGGGGCACCAGCGCCCGGGCCUUGGCAGCUCACGGUGCUGAGGGAGAGCAGGUCAGCCUCCGGCUCAAUGGGCACCCCCCGGGGGUGUGGGCCAAUGGCAGUGCGCCCCAUCCUGAGCAGCGGCCCAAUGGCUAUGCCCUGGGACUGGUGGGCGGAGGGAGUGCCCAGGGGCCCCGCGGGGGUGCCAGCCUCUCAGACGUGGAGCUCCUCAGCCAUGAGCAAGAGGGAACGUGUCCAGAGUCCCCCGGCUCAGAGGACCCCUUAGCCCAAGGCAGAGCAGGAGUGUCCUGAUGGCACACAGGGUUUGCCCCUUCCUGAAGGAAGGAAAUUUUAUCUUUCUGUUUGGCUGGACCAGUCCUAGUGGGAGAGAAGAAAGACUGUGCCUGGAGACCCUGGGGGAUCUGGAACCCGCUCUGGACUGAGACGAGGGAGCCCCAAGCUGGAGCAGCAUGUGGCCCAGCAACAAAGGCUGGUAUCUGAGGAAGCAGAUGUUUGUACUCUGAGGCCCUGCAGGUAGUCCAGGCUGUAGUCCCAGCAGCAUCUUGGCUGAGCAGGGCCCAGUCCCCCGCCCCCCAACAUCUAGAAUCCCCACUUUGUCUACAGAGCAGCUGUGGCUUAGCAGACCGGGUUGGCCUCAGGCUGGGCAGUGGCUGCAACAGACCUCCUGCCACACACACCACCCUCCCAAGACUCUCUAGGGCUCAGGGAACUGCUGGCCGGGGAUGGCAUUUAAGUAUUUUUUUUCCAGAAGAUAUGUGUGAGGAAAUCCUUUUUAUUUUAUUAUCCUUCCCUCCCUGUCUGCUGAGUCUGUUGUCUGUCCUGCUGCUAACCUGGCACCAGGAGUCCUCCCAGGAAAUCUCGGGCAGCCCUCUCCACCGCCACGAGCUACCGUGCGCUCAAUUGUAGGGCCACCUCUCGGGACAACCAAUCUGGGCUGGAGGACAGGGAGUUGUAACGGGAAUGGUGCCAGCCGUGGACUAGGCCUCAUGGGAGAGGUCGGGGCUGGCAGGCCACGGGGCUGUGCCUGGAUAGCUGAGAGCUGCCCGUUAGAGGCCCUGUCUAACUGCCUGUUCUUCUAAAGGGAAUGUUUUUUGUUGUUGUUGUUGUUUAUUUGGUUGGUUGGUUGGUUGUUGUUUU